AUGGAUUCUAAUGAAUAAGAUAAAGAAAUAUAAUUUUUAUAGAAAAGGGUUAAAUUGACUCAAUAAGAAAAUGAAUUAUUAAGAAAAGAAAACCAAUUAUAAAGAUAAUCACUUACUUAAAUGAAAACUACAUUUACAAAUAUUAUCUCAACAAAAAGAGUUAAAACAGCAGAUGGAAGAAAUAAUUCAGUUUCUGAGUAUAUUUCAUUAUGAAAUAACUUAGACGCUUUUAAAAUGAAGAUGCUCUGAGAUAAGUAUUAGAAAUGCAAAGAAAUCGAAUUAAUUAAUUAGAAAAGGACAAUGAAUAAUAUAAAUUGAAAUAUGAGAAAAUUCUUUUCUAGGAUAAAUCAUAACCAUACUCAUAAACCUAGGUCAAUGAUUCAACAAUAAAAGAGCUUUAUGAUUUAAGAAAAAAGAAUAGUGAAUUGGAAUAAAGAAUAAAAGAAAUGAUUAGUCAGCAUUCUAAAGAAUUAACUAAUUAUAGAUCAAAGAUUGCCUAAUAGGAUGCAUAAUUUAUGGUCUCAUAAUCUUAGGGUUUUUCUACACCCCAAUUAUAGUAAUCAUAAAAAUUAGAACCUCUUAAUAAUGGAGGAUAUUAGAUACUAAAAUAAGGUAUAAAGAAGUACUGA